AUGUCCUACGCGCCCCUCCGCGACUCGCUCGACGACGAACCGCGCACCACGGCCGAGAUAUUCGACCACCGCUUCAAUUACCUAGACAACGACGAACAUCGCCCUCUGCAACCCUCCUCCCCACACGCGAAAGCCAACGGGCGCGCGCCCUACUACUUCCACGGCGAUGCCCUGCACACCGCCAUCUCCGUCGCCGCGGGCACGGUAAUGUGCCUCUUCGGCUACGAGCAAGGCGUCUUCGGCGGCAUCAUGGUCGGGCGGCCCUUCCUCGCCUACUUCCACGAGCCGUCCCCGGGCCUGCUCGGCUUCGUGACGUCGGUGUACGACCUGGGCUGCUUCGGCGGCGCGGUGGUGUCAUCGUUCGUCGGCGAGCGGCUAGGGCGGCGGUGGAUGCUGCUCGUCUUCACCGUGAUCAUGACGGCGGGGAUUGUGGUGCAGACGCUGGCGCAGAACAUGCAGUGGCUGAUCUGGGGCCGGCUGAUUGCGGGGAUUGGGAAUGGGGGGAAUACGGCGACGGCGCCGGUGUGGCAUGUGGAGUGUAGUAAGGCGGAGGAGAAGGGACGGGCGGUGGUGAAGGAGAUGACGGUGAAUGUGGGGGGGUUCGUGAUGUCGAAUCUGAUUACGCUGGUGUUUAGCAGGAUGAGCACGGAGGCGCAAUGGCGGUUUCCGCUGGGGAUUCAGCUGUUGUUUAGCGUGGUGAUUCUGAGUAUGGUUUGGGUGCUGCCGGAGUCGCCGCGGUGGUUAUUGUUGCGGCAUAAGGAUAAGGAGGCGACGAAUGUGCUGGCGGCGCUGAGCGAAAGUGCGGAGGAGGUGCAUGAGGAGUUUCAUAAGAUCAAGGAGAGUGUAAGGAUUGAGCAAGCGACGAAGGCGAAUUGGAGACAGGUGUUUAGUGGUGGGGUAGCUACGAGGCGAGUAUCGUUGGGAGUGCUUCUGCAGAUGGCUCAGCAACUCAGCGGUAUUAACGUGCUCUGCUACUACUUGCCACUCGUGCUCCACCGCUCCGUCGGCCUCCCAGAACUGACCUCCCGUGUCAUCUCCACCAUCAAUGCCAUAUGCUACAUGUUCGCAACUUGGUCGUCUCUCUUCGUCAUCGAGCGCGUCGGCCGCCGCCCGCUCCUCAUGAGCUCUGCCGCGUGCAUGGCCGUCGCCUUCCUCGGUAUCGCCGUCUCCGUUGGCAUUGGGCAAGCAAACCCAACCAGCCGCCUGGUUCCUGGCAUCAUUGCCACAAUCUUCAUGUUUCUGUAUUUCACAGCCUUCUCCUUUGGCUGGAUUACCGUUCCGUGGCUGUACCCGGCUGAGAUCAACUCUCUCAGCAUGCGCUCGAAAGGCGCGGCGCUUGCCACAGCCUCAGAUUGGCUGUUCAAUUACGUCGUCGUACAAACGACGCCGAUAGGCAUACAUCAUCUAGGGUGGUACUUGUAUCUCAUAUACGCGGUCCUGAACCUGUUGUUCGUGCCGUUCGUGUACUAUUUCAUCGUCGAAACCGCUGGUCGGAGUCUAGAGCAGAUAGAUCAUUGGUUUAAGAACAAUCCUGGCUGGCGGGUUGACAAGGCGGAUCACUCGCCGGGAUUCGAGAGUGACGAUAGUGGGCCUUCUACUAUUCGAGGAGACGACGACCGCGAGGAGAUGUUGAAAGAUUUCGAGAUCGGGGAUGAUGAGGAUGAUGAUGAUACCACUUUUAGAACCCUUUGA